UGGAAUGCAAAACACGGACGGAUUCGUUGCCAUGGCCACGUUGUCAACCUUUGCGUCCGAGCCUUUCUUUUCAUGGAUAGCAAAGAGGCUGUGCUUGAGACUUGCAGGCAAAUUGAAGAGAUGGACCAAGCUUCAUUCAACAUGGAUAUGAUGCAGGGUUGGAAGAAGCAAAAGAAGCGUCGCUGGGGUCAACUUGGUCAGCUCGGCAAGUUGUAUAAUAUUGCUAUUUAUAUUAGAGCAAACGAUUAUAGGUACAACCUCUUUUGGAGGCAUACUAGAAAAGUCCUGGGGCUUGACAAUAAU